AUGGCACCCUCACCGCAAGAGCUUUCUCUACUCCUCGACCCACUGGUCCCCGACUCUCUCACUCACAACACUCGCGCGCUCUCCAAUAUUCGCUCCAUAUCCGGUCUUCUUCUCGGCAUCGCGGCCGGCAUUCUGGGCCUCGAAUCUCUCUAUGGGUUCGCCUUUUACCUUUUAGCCAACACCCUCAUCUCCGCACUGUUCUAUUUCCUUCUGGCGAGGGGCACACCCCAGAAAUAUUUUGCGGGAACUACUGGGUCGAGGGGCUUGAAUGAAAAUGGCAAAAAGGGCAGGAAUGAGGGCAUAGGGGCGUGGAGGGAGAUAUGGCUCGGAGGCGGGUUGUUUACGGAGGCGUUGAGUGGGUUUGUGCUUGGAUGGGCAGGGGUUGGAGGAGUUAUAAGAUAA